CUGUAUAAUUUAACCCCCCGGGAUGAAUAAUUUUUAUUUCUUUCUUUUCUUCUCAAAUGGACAGUAAAAAAAGACCCGCCGAUGAAGACAUUGAACUUCCCCCCACCAAGAGACAUACAGUUGUAGUGAGGGAACCUUCGAUAUUUGGCAUCAAACCCAUUGACGACAUUACAAAAUAUAUUGCUGACUUCAUUGCUCAACAUGUCACACUCGAAAACGUGGAGAUCGAAGCAAAGUUGGGUGUCUUUAUCGAUAAACGUACAAAUAAGCGCCUUCAAAUUGGUGCACAUACAGAAACGGUUUUGGAUGAUUUCCGUCAAUACAGAUUUGAAGCCAACAUGCCGUUGGAACAACAUCGCCACUUUAACAACAUUUUAAAUGAGACUGUAAAUAGAACUCAAGCACGCGAUUAUAAGGGAGAACGUGUAAAGUAUAAGCACACGAUUGAAACCGAUCGUUUCUUUGAAAGUCCUACCAACCAUAGAAACAGAUACAGAGUGACAACUGAACAGUCCACUGGAAAGGUUGUCGAAAACGGCAUUAUUGAAAAGAUCCGAGUUGCUGAUUUAAAUAUUCAUUCACCCAAUCAACCACUGGAUUUUAGAAUCUCCAUCAAUCUCGAACAGCCAAGAGAAAAACCUUCAACUAACCUCAUUUUUGAACGUAACAAAGACAGAAUAUCAUACCAGCAUGGAGGUAUUCAAUUCGAUUUGACGCAAGUGAAAGGAUCCGCUGAUCGGGAUCCCGAUGUACGUCAUGAGUUGGAACUGGAAUUUGCAGACUCCAAAGCUUUGGCAGCUGAAAAGCAAAAACAAGACCGUAAAGAAAGCUCACAUUAUCCAUCUAUGAUUGAGGUGUUUGUAAAUAAUAUUCGAUUGUUAAGUCGUAGUGCCUUGAAAAAAUAAAUCCUUUUUUUUUUUUUUAUUGGGGUGCAAUUAAAAU